AUGUCAAGAAAAAUUUCAUCGGAAUCAGAAUCCAAUACAGUAAAUACCGGUGAUAAUGGUGACGAUUUAAUGACAGGAAUUUCUAUUUCACAAGAGAAGAUAACUGAUCAUUCCAAAACGAAUGAUAAUAUGGAAGAUAUUGUAAUUGGCAAGCCAUCAUCAAAAGAUCAUCAAUCACAAUCAUUCUUUUUCAAUGAUGAUAUUAUUGGUCAAAAAUAUGUGGAAUUAGCAAAACUUCCAGGAUUACAACAUAUUCAUGGUACAAAAAUUAUAUGGAAACGAACACAAAAUGUUCUUGAAUUACCAAUUCUUGGACAUUUUCGAACAUAUGAAAAACGUGUGGAUAGGUCACGUCCAAAUCCAUGGCGUCGACAUGGCGCAUUAAUUAAAAUUUAUGAAAUUGGUGGUUGGAUAUCAAAAGUUGAAAAACAACAAAUAAGUCGUCGUGAUCGAAAAUAUUUUCAUAUUAAAGCAGGAAGUAAACCAUGUAAUCCACCAACACGUCCACCAAUUAGUAUUCGAGAGAGUAAAUUUUUACCACCAUCAUCAGUUAAUAUACCAUCAGGAACAAAUCAAAGUAUUGAUGAAUUAGCAUUUAUUGCAGCUAUGCAUAUUCAAGAAGCAAUUCGAAAUUCUAUAUCGAUUUUUUUGCAAUCACACCAGAUUGAAACAACGGGAAAAGUUAAUAGUAAGAAUAAUAGUUAUUCAAUUGGAAAGAUGAAUUUAGGAGGAAGAAGUUUAUCAGUACAACAUUUAUCUGCUCGAUCUACACAUUCAUUGGGUAAAAAUUCUCGAUCACGAUCACUGAGUUUAGUUGGUAGAAAAUCGCGAUAA